AUGACAGGAGCUAGAACAAGCAGAUACCCAUCCAACCCGGCUGCAGACCCCUGCCGGAGGACUUACUGUGGACGGGGUCGGCAGUGCAUGGUGCUGCCAGAGACUGGACGUGCUGAAUGUGUGUGCCAGGAGAAAUGCCGGCCCUCCUUUGUCCCUGUGUGCGGCUCAGAUGGCAGGUUUUACGAGAACCACUGUGAGGUGUACCGCACCGCCUGCCUGGAGAAGAGACGCAUCUACGUGGUGCACAGCAAGGACUGCUUCUUCAAAGGCGAUGCAUGCACCAUGUCGGAGUACAACAGGCUGAAGAGCAUGCUACUGGACAUGCAGCCCAAGGUCCAUAACGCCGGGGAGCAGAGCCAGCAGAGAGACAUGGAGGAGAAGAGAAUGCUGGUGGACACCAUGUUCAGAUAUCUGGAUGUAGACGGAGACGGAAGGCUGGGAAGUGAUGAGCUGGAAAAGAUCUCCAUGAAGGAACACCUGGAGGACUGCCUGCUGGAGUGCACCAUGCAGGACCUGCUGCGUUACGACGACUACAACAAUGACGGACACCUCACGCUGCACGAGUUCUACACCACCUUCCAGGUAGUCCAGCUGAGCUUGGCGGAGGAACAGCGAGUCAGCGUCUCCAUGGUAACGGUGGGCCUCAGCACAGUCCUGUACUGCGCCAUCCAGGGUACGCUGCGCCCGCCAAUCAUCUGGAAGAGGAACGGCAUCACUCUGAACUUCCUGGACCUGGAGGACAUCAACGACUUUGGGGAUGAUGGCUCUCUGUAUAUCACUAAAGUGACAACCAUCCACAUGGGGAACUACAGUUGCCAUGCCUACGGCUAUGAAGACGUCUACCAGACCCAUGUGCUGCAGGUGAAUGUCCCCCCAGUGAUCCUGGUAUACCCAGAGACCCAGGCCCAGGAGCCAGGUGUGUCUGCCAGCCUCCGCUGCCAUGCGGACGGUAUCCCAAAUCCCAAACUCACCUGGCUGAAGAACGGCAUGGACCUGCAGCCUGGAUCUUCCAAACAACUCUCUCUCAUAGCGAACGGCAGUGAGCUCUUUAUUGGCAGUGUGCGGUACGAGGACACAGGAGCCUACACCUGUAUUGCCAAAAAUGAAGCGGGCGUGGACGAGGACAUCUCCUCUCUGUUUGUGGAAGAUUCAGCCAAGAAGACUCUCGCAAACAUCCUUUGGAGAGAGGAAGGUUUGAGCGUGGGGAACAUGUUCUACGUGUUUUCUUAUGAGGGAAUUACAGUUGUGCAGCCCAGCGAGUGUGAAAUUCGCAGGCAAAUGAAGCGGUCAGAGAGAAUAGUUGCUACUUAUGAGGAGAUGUGCCCGAGAGGGGAGGGGUCGACACUCGAGCACUGCACGUGGUCCUCGGCUGUCAACGUCCGGGACAAGUACAUCUACGUAACCCAGCCCCUUCAGAGCCGACUGCUGGUCGUUGACACACAGGCGCAGAAGGUGGUGCAGGCAGUGGCGACGGACCCUUUCCCAGUGAAGUUGCUGUAUGAUAAGUCACAUGACCAGGUGUGGGUUCUGACUUGGGGAGACAUGGAGAGGACACACCCAACCCUACAGGUAAUCCCCCAAGCCAGCGUUGGAGAAGUACAUCACACAAUCCGGACAACAUUCCAAAGAGUCAAUGACUUCUUCAUUCCCCCGACCAACCUCAUCAUCACUCACGUCAGGUUUGCCUUCCUCUUCCUCAAAAACGAACCGGCAGUCCAUAAGAUUGACCUUGAGAGCUUCCACCGCAUCAAGACCAUCAGCCUCAAGAACUACAGCUGCAUUCCAGUGAGCAUGGCCUACACCCACCUGAGUGGCAUCUACUUCAUCCAAUGUCAGCGCAAGAGCCACCUACAGGCCCCGCCCCAGCUCCUUAUUGACAGCGUGACAGAUACUGUGAUUGGUCCAAACCUAUACAUCACAGGCCAGCCCUACGUGUCGCCGGAUGGUCGCUACAUUGUGACCCCUGACCCUCUGAGCUCAAAGUUAAGCAUUCAGAUGGUUUCAUUCCAGGGGGAGCUUGGCCUGAACCAGGAGGUUGAUAGCCCUGUGGUUGUUUCUGACCUGGUUUUCCAACCAUCCUUCACAGAGUCUAACCAGCAUGUGGUGGUGGCCACCUCAAGCUCAGGCACGGACCUGCUCUUCUUAGAGCUGUCCUCGGGCCACACCGAGGUUCUCCAUAGCCUUAAGGAGCCUUUGGCUCCCCAAGUCUGGCCUUGGGGAGGUCCUGUCAGGGUGGUGGUCUCCAGUGGGUUAUUCGGACAGUACAUCGUGACACCAUCAGCUGAGUCACUCUUCGUGCUUAAUGGCAAACAGAGCGCACCCCACUGUGAGGUGUCAGACAUCAAGAGAGGAAACACAGUAGUCUGGGUUGGGGAGGUAUGA